AGAAGCCCAUUGAUUCUCACCUAUUUAUACCAUUAUCGCUCGAAUGCGAAUUUGUUUUUGUUUAUACUUUGAACCUGUAGCUACGUCACAUUUUCAGAACCAUAUUUUCAUUGAAGCAUUAUUGCCAUCAGCAUUUAUUUUUUCCUCCUGAAUCCGUUUUAAAUCAUCUCAUAGCAAACAAUUAGCAUCUGAAAGGACUCGAUGGCGCAGAGGCCCGCCUGAGAGGACAAUAACCCCACAAAGACGCGCAGGUGCUACCCUGAAAUGCUGUCAGAAGGGAAGAACCAGUCCUGGAGUAAAGUCCAAUGGGCUCAAUGUUGUUCAGCCAUCGAUCGCUGAAUUCAGGCCUGCGUGUCGAUGAGGCCCCGAUGAGAGCUCAGACAGUUUGCUCUGAAUGGGGCCUCCACCAUUUGAACUGACAUGGAGGAUGAAGAUGGCACUUGUUUACUUGAUGUUUUGUGUGACCCUCAAGCCCUGAAUGAUUUCCUUCAUGGAACCAGUGAGCUGGAGAAUGAAGACUUGCUCAUUAAUUCUUCUCCUGGGGAGCCCUCCCUCUUUGCUGAUGCCCCUAGUCCAGGGUCCCUAUUGGCGGAUGACACCCCAUCCCAGGACACACCCCCUUCAGGCUGUGUUGACUUGUCCUUCUUGGAGGAGGCACUUCUCAGCUCUCCGGAUGGGGGCGGGGGUCCUGAGGUAGGGGAAGGUGGCACAGUGGAGGCACCAGAAGAGGAGGAGGCUUGUGAUAUCCUGCGGCAAAGUCUACAGGAAGCUGACAUUACCGAGCAGACCCUGGCCCUGGAAGCGGGGCUAGCUCUACCCGGAGAUGGCCUGUCUCUUUACAACACCCCAGGAACACUAGCUGCCCCCCUUGCUUCACAGUUCCUCUCCAAACCACUGAGCACCUCUCCCUUACCGGCAAUGCCCCGUGACACGCAGGCGGCAGUGGAACCCCCACAGCCCUCUCUGCUGGCCGUGGGGCCAGGCUGUCCCUCCCUGAAGCCAGCUGCCCCACAGCUAAUGGGGCUUCUGCCAGGGACCGUGUUCCCUGGCACCCCCCCUGAGGCCUCUCUGUCCCUCAGCCCUGCUCAGGGCUCAGGCAUGCUCAUUCAGAAGGCUCUGCCCAGCCUAACAAAUCGUCCCCUGAUGACCGCCACACUGAGGGCAACAGCAGCUCCUGGGAUCCUGCUACCAAGAGGGCCUUUGCCAAUCCAACCCAAGUUGCCCGUCAACAUACAGCCCCGUUUGGUUCAGAUCAGCCCCAAGCCUGCAGGGCAGAAGACCUCUCAGAGCCUUACUUUGGUUCAGGGAACAGCAUCACCCAAUAUUCUGUUGUCACCUCCUUUGGGCCCGAAGCCACCUGCAGCUGCCCCGCAGCUCAGUAAGCCCGUGAGCCUGCAACUGCUGAACCAAGGUGGCUCAAUUGUCAUCCAGCCCCAGGGCAUCUUCCCAGGCCACAAUCAGUUCCUGGUUCCCAGUCAAACCCCUGUGACAGUUCCCCAGCCUGCAAGUGCUGCUCCUCCCCUGCUCACCCCUGCCAGUCAGCCUGGACCUUCAGUGCGGGGUGGGGCCUCUGCUUCUGGACACCUCAUGGACACCACUCAGAUCCUCACAGCACCCCCAAGACAGCUUAAUUUCAGCCCUGUGUUCACAACCCCCACAGGGCAGCUGGCACUGAGGCAAGGCACCCUCCUGUCAGGCCCCUUGCAAUUGCAGUCCACACCCCCUGCUGUUUUCCAAAUGCCUACACAGCUGACUGGAACCUACGCUCCACAGAGUCAGGGGCCACGUGGCACAUUGCUUCAGAGCACCGCUUUGGGGGGCCAUAUCACCCUCAUCAACAGCCCUGGGAUGCUGCCCCCGGAUGUGGCAUCCAUUUCUAUUGUUAAUGGCCCCUCGAUGGUGCAGGGGGUACCUUUUGCAGCUCAGGCCCAACGGCCUGUUCCAGGAGGGUCAGAGGGUCAACAAGGUCUCGCCCAGACCUCUGUCCUGCUGCUUCCUGAAACUGCAUCAGCUCUGGAGGAGAAAAGUUCCGGUGCAGAACAGCUCCUCCAAGUCCCUCAGCAUCUCCACCAUCAUGCCUCCCAGACCUGUCCACCAGAGCUCCAGUCAUCUCCACCGGUGGUGACCAUAGUGCCACCACAAAUGGAUGUCCCUCUGCACCAUGACCCAGCCAGUUCUUUGACCAACCACCUUUUGCCACCAGCAGAUGGACAGCAGGUGCUUGAUGGGGUACCCAGCUCCACUCCUCCAAAGCAUAACUUCAUACACCACCUCCAACAGGUCAGCCAGGCUCUUGAGCUGCCAUCCCCUUCAGCUGUGACCUUGCAGGUGCAAGUUGCCCCUCUGGUGUCCCCGUUGGCAGGUCAGAGAGAGUCCUCCACCCCUACAAUGCCCCCUGCUGGACAGGCAGGGGCCUCCACUGUGACAGCCAAACCUAGAGGGGUGACCACACCUACUCACCCAGGGACAGAACAAAUGGGGACUCGCUGCUCACCACUGAUUGGCCAAGGCACGCUGAGUACGCCUCCAGCCACCUUCUCCUCUCCGGCUGCUGGGCAGACUGGCAGCUUGUUAGGAGCUGGAUCCAGCAAAGCGGCCACACUGGUGCAACCCAGUAACCCGGUUCACACUGUGCCCUCCCCGCUGCCAGUUAGCAUCUCUGUUGUGCCGCAGCAGCCCACACCUCUCCCUGUAUCUGCAGGGCCUCAGCUGCAAACUGAGCCCACUACCCAGCAGCACUCUCAAGGCAAGCCAGCAGCUGUUUCCGCUCUGGAGAGUAAAGCGCUUUCUUUUGGCCUUUGCCCAACCUCACCGAAAAUCCAAGGGUCCCAGAUCCAAGGACUGCAUGGCACGAAGCAACACAGCCAAGUGACUCAGAUUCAGAAUGCGAUACAGCCAAGUACCCAGGUAGCAGCCUGCAAGGAUAAAGAGAGAGAGGAGAAACUCAACCCAGCAAUUCGCAGACACAGGUUCCAGCAACAGCUGUGUCUGGACCACGGUGCAGUUCUGAACCCAGAUGCCCGCUCCCCAUUUUUGUCUAUGGAGAACGCUGUGAAACGCCUGCUGCCGUACCACACCUGUGCAGGGUGCCCUCCCAGCCAGUCAGACUUCCUUACAGUGGACAAGCAGUUUGAGGUUAUGUCUGCACUGCUACUGAAACGUACCAAGGACAUGCUGAACAAGUACCGACAACUGCUGCUUGGGGAAGCCCAGCAGGUGAGCCCAUCUGCAGAGAUGGUGAUGCUGGAGCGCCUGUUUCUCCAGGCAGAGAGAGGAGUUCUUGGGGAAGAGCGCCGGAAGGCUCGGUUAGAACCAGAGUCUUUUCUGGCAUCUUUGCGUGAAACAGCAACUGGAGCUCCUUUCUUGCAGUUGAACAGCCCUCCAUCACCUCCGUCGUGGGCUCUGCUCUCCGACCGGCCCCCUGGGCUCAAAACAUAUCGCUCCAGUUGCCGGGGGGCACUAAAACUCACCAUAAAACACGAGUCGGGGUCCCGCAAGGUGGUCCACAACUCUGCAUGCGACGCAGCUCAUGUGUCUCCCUCAGGCCACAAGCAGGAUGGCGCUGGCCAGCAGACUAAUGGAGGAGACACACCUGGCAAGCAUGGGGACGAUCACCAGGAUCCACCUUGCACCCAGACCUGGAACCAGUCUGUGUCAGGAGGCACCGCCACUCUGGAGUCAGUAGAGGAUACCCAGCAGGUGGAAUACAGCAGUACACAUACAGCACCCUAUCUCCAGAUAGUGCCAGACCCACAGCCCACUGCUGGGGAGUCAUCCACCUUUGACCCUACCGUACAGCCUCCACAACCCAAGCGGCCACGACCGGACCCUGACCAGGAUCAGACGUGCCUGCCUUCUCAAGCGGAGGAUCACACCCUCAACGAGCACUUGCAGAGUGCGAUCGACAGCAUACUUGAGCUGCAGCGUCUGCAGGGGCCCCCUGGCCUUCAAACCGGGGCCCCUAGGGACGGAGCCUCAGUGCUGGAGCAAGCGGUCAGCAGCAUUCUGGAGGGACAGCGGUAGGAAAAAGGUGGCAAGGAAGGGAAGAGACACAGGAAGUGGCACACGGGUCAGGAAGUGUUGGCAGAAAGAAGGAAGUGAUAGCAGAUGGUAGUAAUGUCUAUGGGCUUAAUACUGCUCAGUACAAAUUUUAUGUAGAGGUUACUCAUUGAAUGCAUUCCAAUAAGAGGUACAGUUCUGCAUUUGUUUGUCAGGGGUGUGUGAAAUCAUUCAAUGGUGUUUAAAUGAAUUCUUCAGCAUUUAUAACACAUAUAUCGCAGUUCGAACACUGAAAUAGCAUUUACUGUAAAAAAGUACUUUAAAAAGCAAAAAUGGAAAAUUCCUGAAGUAUUUCAAAGGGACUUCCAUGUGCUUGAAAGUUUGUCCCUGUGUGGAGUACAUAUGUUUUUAUUAGUGUAGUAGCUAAUGGGCAGCAUCUGUUUCACUGAGGAUGAGGAUCUGUACUGUGGCCUGUGGUACAGAAGGAUGAAGGGGUUCAGGGCUUCUCCAUUUGCCCAACCUGAUGGAGGCAACGCUUCUAUGUCAACGGCUUCUACUUUGCGCGAAUGGGGAGCUGAGGUGGAAUUUGUUGAGGGACGAUUGGAUUCCGUGAAACGGCAUUAUCGCCGUUUCUGUUAGGAAGCAGAGGAAUGUUGAUGGCUUUGAACAGCCAACAGUAGUUAUGCAGCUAACCUCACCUUUAAUACACCAGCAAAUAUGAACUUUGCAUAAUUUUCUCCAGACUUUUUGGUGAAUGAAAACAAGCAAAUAUACUCUGUCCAAAGAGGGAUUUUCAAGGAAAUUAGAUUGCGAUCAUUUUUACUUCUCGCCACACAGAAGGGGAAAGAAUUUUUAAUUGUAAGGAGACUGGACUGAUUAGCAAUAACAAAGAAAUGGUUGUAAUGACUCCUGAAAUUAUUGUGAGAGAGAGAGAGAGAGAGCGAGAGAGAGAAAGAGAGAGAUUGCUGACUGAGUGUGAAAGACUGGCUUGGCUCACUCCGCAGUGCAGAAUUCAGUAAAGCAAAGCCAGGCUAAACUGAGUGCCACAUUCACCACUGCCUUCAGACCAGCCCUUCAAUUGCAAUACAGAGUAAGAGCUACAGGUUCAGCGGAAAAAGAGCUGGUCGCGGUGUUUGGAAACAGUUGGUUCUGUGUGAUGAUUGCCUUCGGUUGCACACACUGGGGUCUGCAGGAAUGUUUGGCAUAAUGUCCCAAAACAAUGAUGUGCGACGGUGACAUUUUUCUGCCACACCUUCAACUUCAGGCAUGUUUCAUGCUCAUUUUGCCCAAGAACACAUUGACAGCGUUUUUCAUUCUUCAAAUAGCCUUUGACCAAAAACCAAGUUAGUUGUCAGUUUCACAUAUUUAUUUUUUAAUAAUAGCUUUUCUGCAUCUUUUUUUCAGUUUAAUAACUUCUUGAAUGCGGGGCUCUUUUUAUAGAUUAUGAAUUACAGGUAAACCCUAGGCACUAUCCGAGGAUAAUGUUGGGAGUAUCAAAUGUGACCAGAUAUCACUGAAACCUACAUUAUAUGUAAAUGCAACAAAUCUGGCUUGUAAAGCAAGGUUAAUUUAGCAACACAAGAAGAAUGGACCAAAGCCUGGCAAAAAUUGCUUGUAUAUAAGAAAUUUUACUAUAUUUAUAAUAGGAAACAUCUGAUUGAAGCAAUGCAGACAGAACAAAAUUGAAGUAUUUUAAGUGAACAAGAAUUCUGAAUCCUGAGGAUGAGACCACUUCCCUCAGUUCAGAGUUCCAUUUGAUAUAACCAAACAAGUUCUUAGAAUUCAGGCUGUUUUUGUAGUGGAAGGUUCAUCUGCAUUUAGCUCUUUUGAUGCCCAGUGCUUAGAACUGUGAGCAAGUGUCUGCAUUCUGAUGACUAACUGAAGGAUACUGCUGCAUGUUGAGCCAUUUUGCUUUAUGUACUUUUUUUUUUUUGUUAAACUGUGAGUUAAUGUGACCUGGGAGCUCAGGUUGCACACUGUGCUUCAUCAAGAUAGAGGAGGGAGAAGGGAAGAGAAAAGAGAAAAAAAAAAAAAAAAAAAAA